CUUAUCUGUUCUUCUGUCUCACAUUUCCGCUGAUCCUCGAUCUCCUUUCUCUUUUUUCUCCUGUUUCGAAAUAACAAGUCGUACAGUUGUUAACCCAAUAGCGAGAACAGAAGACAAGAUUGAGUUUGCGUAUCAGUCGGUAGUAUCCCGGGCGGCAGCUGUGCACAGGCGUACAGUUGAUUAAUCACUGUUACACACACACGAUGGUUUUCACUCCUCCAUCAUGGGUACCUGCACUUCCAUUCGAUCCUCCCGAUUCGAUUCCUAUCAGUCAAUUCAUGCUCGAUGACACUUACGGAAGAUGUCCUCUGAAAGAUUCGCGGAAUCCCUUCACAUGCGGGCUGUCUGGGAAGACAUAUACUGCGCUGGAAAUGGUUGACCGAGUCGAUUACUUGGCACGAUCAUUGGCAAAGGAAUUUGGAUGGCAUCCGAAUAAGGGAACAGAAUGGGAUAAAGUCAUUGGAAUAUUUGCGCUGAAUACAGUCGACUCCAUGACAUUAGCAUAUGCCGUCCACCGUUUGUCUGGGAUCGCGACUCCAGCCAAUGCUGCAUAUUCUGAUUCCGAGUUGGAAUUUCAAUUGAAAUCCUCAGGAGCCAAAGCUCUUUUCACUUGCAUGCCUCUCCUCGAAACAGCUUUAAAAGCCGCGAAAGGCGCCGGAAUUCCCAACAAUCGGGUAUAUAUUUUGGAGAUGCCCAAGGAGUUUUCUGGCACUCAAUCUGUACUCUUCCAAACUGUUGGAAAAUUGAUAGAUGCUGGCAAAACCUUGCCUAAGCUUGAGGCAUUGAAAUGGGAGAAGGGCCAAGGAGCCAAACAAACAGCAUAUCUUUGCUAUUCCAGUGGUACUUCAGGACUACCAAAAGGGGUCAUGAUCAGUCAUCAAAAUGUGAUUGCAAAUGUCAUGCAAAUUGCGGCAUUCGAGAAGCCAAUUAGGGAAAAGCGUCCAGGCACUGGUAGUGAAGUGGUUCUCGGUCUCUUACCAUUGAGCCACAUUUAUGGCCUGGUUGUUAUUGCUCAAGCCAGUACAUGGCGAGGUGAUGGUUGCAUCAUCAUGCCCAAGUUCGAGCUGCAGUCGUUCCUUAAAGCUAUUCAGGACCACAAGAUUGUUACCUUGUAUCUGGUUCCCCCGAUCAUUAUCCAAAUAGCGAAGAACCAGUCAGUAGUCUCGAAGUAUGAUCUUAGUAGCGUCAACGUAAUCUUCACAGGCGCAGCACCACUGGGCGCCGAAACUGCGGAAGAGCUGCAAGGAUUCUACCCAUCCUGGAAGAUCCGCCAAGGUUACGGCCUCACCGAGACCAGCACCGUCGUUUGCUCAAGUCCCGAGACUGACAUCUGGUUUGGUUCGUCUGGCUCUCUCCUACCUGCAACCACUGUCAAAAUCGUGUCCAUGGAAGGGGUCGAAAUCACUGGAUACGACCAACCCGGCGAACUCGUCGUUCAAUCACCUUCCGUUGUUCUCGGCUACCUCAACAACGACAAGGCCAAUAAGGAAACGUUCAUCGAAGACACAGACGGAAAAGGAAGAUGGAUGCGUACUGGUGACGAAGCAGUGAUCCGCAAAGCUCCAUCUGGUUAUGAACACGUCUUCAUUGUCGACCGAAUCAAGGAGCUGAUCAAGGUCAAGGGUCUCCAAGUUCCACCCGCAGAACUGGAAGCUCAUCUCCUUACUCACCCCGCAGUUGCAGACUGCGCGGUCAUCCCUGUGCCCGAUGAUGCAGCAGGUGAAGUUCCCAAAGCUUUCGUUGUCAAGUCCAGCUCUGUUGGACUCGAGGAGAAUGAUCGUAUGGUAGCGAGAGAUAUUUGCAAGCAUGUUGAAACUCAUAAAGCAAGACAUAAGUGGUUGAAGGGAGGCGUAGAAUUCUUGGAUGUCAUUCCAAAGAGCCCUAGUGGAAAGAUUUUGAGAAGGUUGCUUAGAGAUAAGGAGAAGGAGGCUAGACGACAGAAGGGAGCGAAGCUGUGAUAUUGUGUUGCAUUGCGUCUGGUUACUUUUUUGCAUCAUGGUUUAUCGUCCUUGACAAUUAGAUGGGUACCUUGUAGAUGAUAAUUAUAAAUCUGAACACUUUGUCAAC